AUGGUCUACGAAACUAGCCUUGCCUCAGAAAGCUAUGGAUGUUGUGCGCUCGCCGCGCAACCUGGGCGUGAUUCAAACCGCAACUGGUGCAAACUUUUCGUGCUUGGUAUUGAUCACGUCAAGGCUGGCAUCGGCAUUACGGUUCUUACGACCACGAUUUCGCUAAAGGUGGAGGCUGCAAUGGAGAACUGCAGUGAUGAGACUGGCGGCGUGCGACGUUUGCUGAACCACAAUUUGUUGAAGCAAUUGUGCAACGUGAUUGUCGGAGUGAACAAUGGGAAGGUUGAGAUCAAGAAGUGUGGAUUGCACAUGGAGGGCGUGACGAUUCUAGCAUUUGAGUUAGACCCACAGAGUGCUCUCGCCAUUGUACCUGGCAGCAAUGUGGAAGGCUCCGUGGAUUAUCGCAGCCCUUGCUGGAGUGCAGACGAUGCAUCGUGUGAGCAGGAUUGA